AUGAAUAGGCAAAUGUUAUUUCAACCAUUCACUGUAAAGGUACCAGGAACAAGUGCUAAUUUGGGUUGUGGAUAUGAUACAUUAUCUUUAGCAUUACAGUUUAGUAAAGAGUAUAAUCAAGAUGCUGUCAUACCUACCGAUGUAGAUAAGAACUUUUUAACAACAACACUCUAUUCAAUCAUUCAAGAGGAAGCUAAUGUUAAAGAUCUAUCAACUAUCAUUCCAAGUGACAAGAUGGUGUUGUUGGAUAUUGAUAAUGACAUACCUGUUGGUAGAGGUAUGGGUAGUAGUGCUGCAACCAUUGUCACUGCUAUUUACAUUGCUAAACAACUAACCAAUAACUCUUCCACAUGGACCAAAGACACCAUCUUUCAAAUGGCAAUCAAGUAUGAACCAUCGGCAGAUAACCUAUCCUCAGCUAUAUUUGGUGGUUUCAAUAUAGUUUGUUCUACAGAUCUGGGAUACACUAUAUGUAAAACUACACCAUUACCAGAUCGAUCUUUAUUAAAGGGUGUUGUUGUCAUUCCUCAUUUUCAAGUAUUGACAAUGGAAGCGAGAACAGCUGUACCAUCGUCAUUCUCCAAAUCAGAUGUUAUAUUUAAUCUACAACGUAUAUCAUUGUUGACCAACCUAUUAUCAACCUUUGGUGAUGAUUCUAUUCCAAAACUAGAACAAGACCGUUUAAACUAUCAAAAGGUGACAACACAUUCAUUGAUGGACAAGAUACACCAACCUUAUCGAAGCAAGUUGGUACCUGGUCUAGCCGAUCUCUUGCAAAUGUCAACUGCCAUUGAUGGUUUGUUUGGUAUAUGUCUCAGUGGGUCAGGACCGACAGUUCUCCUUCUCGCCUAUGACAAUUAUGAAACCAUUGCCAACAUGUGCCAAGACAAUUUCUCAAAACACAAUAUUAAAUCAAAUCAUAUGAUACUUGAAUUUGAUAAUUUAGGUGCUACCAUCACCACACCACCUCUACACAAUUAA